CCAUCCAAUGAUGUGGAACAAAGUAUUUUUCCCUGAUCUGCUAAUGUAUUUUAAGACCAUCCGUCCUCUUGCAGGCGUGUGUAGAUUAUAAAUCACAUGAUAUUUGCGAAGAACUGAGAGGGCGAGCUUAUGUAACUCAAAGUGACUAGUCCCCUUUUACAUUGCCUACAUCUCCGGUUCUACCAUAAACGGCACUAACACAGACUUGAGGUGGGAAUUCUGCUUUUGGAGCACCGGUGUGGAAUAAUAAAGGGAGUGUCUGACCAGUGUUUCACACAUCACACCAUACAGUGCAUCUCAAUAAAUUAGAAUAUUGUUGAAAAUGUAAAAUGUCAAAAGUUCAAUUAAAAAAGAAAGUCAACAAUAACCCCAAAUGUACUUUUACAUUAACUAUCGAAGGGAUCCAAAAGAGAUGGUGCAUCUAAUCCGCAGCUUGUUCCCGCUCUCAACUCUCGCGACAUUUCUUCAGUGCAUCGUUUCCAUGGAGACAGCCGUUGUCAUGACGACGGGUACAAGCUAAGUUUGACGUUUAGUUUUGUACGUUACGAUGUGUUCGGGAGUUUUCUAAGCUUCAAUUCGUUGCACUACACUUUUCUAAGUUGUUUUAAGAAGAUACAAAUUCGUAAGUACACAAGCCGUUUAUUAGCAAGCUGGCGAAGCAAUUAAAGAUGUUUUGCUACGAAUCGUGCCGGCUUUUGUUUUUCUCAAUUAGCUUUAGCCCAUGCAAUUUAAUAGCUAUGAGAAGUCUUAGUUGUAUGGAUUUUGUUUAGGGGUGGCAAUGAGUGACGAAAAAAGUUCGACUGAGUCAGAAACGACGGCUUCUAGCAGUGCGAGAAAAUUCAUAAAGAAACCAGCCACGAUUCACCUGACAAAUGCCGCACAGCUUCCAGAGAACACGAAUUGCCUGGCGUGCUCAGAUGACAGCGCAUACCUCAGCCUGGGUCAUUCCGGUGGCUUUUCGCUGUGGUCUGCGAGUACGCUUAGCCGUGAGGCAGAAUGGUUGCAGGAGAGAGUCGAGAUGACUUCCAUCCACAUGACCUGUGCCAGUGAAAAAGCAUAUCUGCUGGCUACGAUUGAUGACAUGGGUGUCGCCCGAGUCUUUUUGUAUAAUUUAGAAGGCAUUUAUUCCUUUAGUGUUAUUAACAUGCUGGAUGAUAUCAACAAGAGGAGUGUUUGCUUACAUUUCGAACUAUCCAAAGGAAGUGAAUAUGGCUCUAUUAUAAUGAGGUGCAACAAUGAAAUUUGGCUUGAAAUCUAUUAUUUUCCCGUACAUGACUGGCUGAGAGAGUUAAAGGAUCCCAAAAUUUCAGCAAACCUGAAAUGGUCUCCUGCUGUCCGGGUGAAUCGAGUCAACGCAUCAACAGCAAACGCCACAGAGGUCCCCAACUUCUUGUCUUACUUUUUAGUUUUGGAUGAAACAAAUGAGCCACCGAGACACUGCACUACACAUUUCCUUCUGCGCUGUGGUCACUCUGAUGAAAAGACAAAAGCAAAGCCAGGAUCCCCACUUUCUCUGUGUUUUUGGUGGACCGGAAGUUACAAUCUUCUCUACCUGAUGCUAUCCAAAACAGCAAAAGCCAAACACGGUCAAUGCAGAUCUUGAAUCCAUCUUGAAUUUCCAAACAAAAACCAUAAAGGUCCAUCGCUAACAUUUUGGACUUGUUUCGGAGAAGAUCCCGAACCGCCACCGUUGGUGCUGUGGCCCAACUGGGCGGAAAUCAUCUGCUCCGCCGUCAGUAGGUGCACUCGUUUCAUUGCGCUCGGCCUCAGCAAUGAUUUGCUGUGUGUCUGGGACAGGCUGUCUGGCUCUCCGUUGUCUAUCUCAAGAGUAUCAUCAGAGGGCGCUUUACUCAGGCUGCACUUUGUGGAAUACUGGCCUGCGUGCUCCGAUACUACCCCGACUUUAACGGCGGGUGAAGUUCACCUCGUGACGCUUUACGAGAGCGGCGCCGUUCACGUCGUAAGCGCGAGCCAAGGAGCGGCAACCAACACUGGGCAGCUCUCGCCAAGGCCGAAAGACAGCGGUGACCAGCCCACUGUCAUUGCAUCGGUACCAUUCCUGCAGGGCUUGUCGUUGGUGGUGUGCCGAAAUGGAGAAAUGUUCCUGCAAGAUGUCGUCAACCGAGCCACGGUGUGCGUCUUGAGCUUUCCUGCUCACCAUCAGCUGGCGAGUCCGUCCAAUCCCAUCUAUUCGCUGAAUAUCAAUCAACGCAUUCUCUUCAUUCGAGCCGACCAGGAGCCCACCUCCAGCGUUUCAUCUCUAGAUGAUCCAACUCAGAGUCAGAGCCACAGUCUGCUCAUGUUGCGUUUCGACGAGCAUGACGCCAUCAAGCCGUACGUUGUUUCGCAUCCAGAAUCUCCAUGGCAACAAGAAAGCAACGUAUUAAUCGGGGAGGCUGCCUGCAACUUGUAUCUUGAGCAAAGAACUCUGUCAAUGGAUGAGAGGCACAAAGCUAUUACGCAGACUUGGAAGCGACUGCGGUGUGCUACCACCACGUAAAAGCAUCAUGGACAAAGACUCAUUUCUAUUUUAUGCAGAGGUAACAUUUUCACGAAAAAUAAGACACUCAGUUGUACUUUGACUUAUUAUUUGAAAUUUGUUCUGGGACCAAGCUUGCAAAUCAGUUGACUUAUACUGCUCAUCAAGUCAAUUUUCCCUA